AGUAGGGGACAUACACUAACGAGCUUCGUCUCCUCCAAUUUUCGGGAUUUGCCCCGGGGCGCUCGAACCACUGAACGCACUGCUGAGGCUCCAGCAUCCAAGGAUUACCCUCUACUGUUGCCUUCUUUUACUGUAUGAUGUAUCGGCUGAAUGGGUUACCAACGAUGGACGUAGAAUGAAUAAUUGAUAGAUGACAUCAUGACCGUCACUUACACCGCGCAAGUUGCCAAUGCGCGCUUCUGCGGGUUCUCCAAACUGCUCCUAGCCUGGAGGGGAAGCAUCUACAAGGUCUUAUGGAAGGAGUUCCUUGCUUUCUUCGCCAUGUACACUGCCAUCAGUGUCACUUACAGAUUCUUCCUCUUUGAUGACCAGAAGAGGUAUUUUGAAAAACUGGCAAUUUACUGCAACCACUAUGCCAGUCUCAUCCCCAUGUCUUUUGUGCUAGGUUUUUACGUGACACUGGUGGUGAACCGCUGGUGGAAUCAGUACACCCGCAUUCCAUUACCUGACCGCCUGAUGUGCGUGCUCUCCGGCGGCCUGCAGGGUGUGGACGAGCGCGGGCGGCUGCUGCGACGCACCAUGAUGCGCUAUACAAGUCUGUCCGCGUUACUGAUUUUGCGCUCGGUCAGCACCGCGGUGUUCAAACGCUUCCCGACCAUGGACCACGUCGUGGAAGCAGGGUUCAUGAAGGAGGAGCGGAAGAAGUUUGAGAGCCUCAAGUCCCCCUAUAACAAGUACUGGAUUCCCUGUGUGUGGUUCACUAACCUGGCCGCCCUGGCACGCUGUGAGGGCAGGAUUAAGGAUGACAGCACCCUCAAACUAGUGCUGGAGGAGCUCAAUCAUUUCAGAGGGAACUGCAGUAUGCUUUUCCAUUACGACAUGAUCAGUGUUCCCCUGGUCUACACUCAGGUGGUGACUCUGGCCGUGUACAGUUUUUUCUUCGUGUGUCUGAUAGGACGUCAGUUCCUGGACCCCACACAGGGCUACCUGGGUCAUGACCUGGACCUGUACAUCCCCAUCUUCACUCUGCUACAGUUCUUCUUCUACGCUGGCUGGCUCAAGGUAGCAGAGCAGUUGAUAAACCCAUUUGGAGAGGACGAUGAUGACUUUGAGACCAACUGGCUGAUAGACAGGAACUUCCAGGUCUCCAUGAUGGCAGUCGAUGAGAUGUAUGGGGAUCUUCCCAUCAUGGAAAGAGACCGAUAUUGGAACGACUCUAACCCUCGUCCUCCCUACACUGCAGCAACUCUAUUCAGGCUGCGCAAACCCUCCUUCCAGGGCUCCACCUUCGACAUGGCGAUUCCCAAAGAGGAGAUGCACUUUGCCCCUGGCGGAUAUCACUGAGAACGUGGAGUCUCAGGGUGGGGGUCACCACCCCAACAUGGCCCUGUUCAACCGCUCCUCUUCACUGCCCCGUCCCCCACGGGACUCAUUGGAGGGGCGCUGCGCCGCACCUCCGCCCAGCUCCAAAGGUUCCGCCGUCGCUC